AUGUCUACGAUUACUGAUGUUGCACAGUUUGAAGAAUUUACAAAAAAGACUGGGUAAGCUUUCAGUAAUUUUUACUCUAAUUUAGGGUUUAAGUCUAUAUAUUGUUUAUACAACGUAUCAAAACUGUUAUUUACAACUUUUCAGACUUAAUUUGGUUCUUUUUGGAGCCAAUUGGUCAGACGUUUCAGAAAAACUUCAGAAUGUACUCAAGGAAUUAAGCACUGAUUUGUCAGGAAAGUUUGAUUAUUCUUACGUUGAUGCAGAAGAUGUAGCUGAAGCUUCUUUGGCUACAAACAUUGAGGCUGUUCCGACUGUUGUCUUCUUCAAGGUAUGUCAACACAUUCAACGUUUUAUCGCUUUAGGAUGGAAAGAAUGUUCAUAGAAUCGACGGUUUUCAUCCGACGGAGAUCAGGAAUGUAAUUAUCACACAAUCCUUUUCGACAGAAACUGGAGGCAAGAAUGUUGAAGUAAAGGUGAGUUUAGAUCCGAUUGACUUUGUUUAAUUAAGUUAAUUCUGUAAUAUAAUGGUUUAAUUGGACAGUAAAGCGUAAUACGUAUGUUUAAGUUAAUUGUUUUAUAGGACCUAAACACUCGUUUGAAGGAACUGAUCAAUAAGGACAGAGUCACUUUAUUUAUGAAAGGUCUUCCUGCUCAACCUCGAUGUGGUAGGUUUAUAUUUUAAAUAUGAUUGCCUGUAAAUUUAGGAUUUUCCCGAACUAUGGUGCAGUUAUUAAACGACCAUAAAGUGAAGUUCUAUGCUUUUGACAUUUUGAGCGACGAAGAAGUGCGACAAGGACUGAAGAAGUACAGUGACUGGCCCACCUACCCACAGUUAUACCUAGAUGGAGAGUUGUUGGGAGGACUUGACGUUGUCAAAGAAGAGUUUGAGAAUCCAGAGUUUUUGUCGAAAUUGCCCAAGAUUGCCUAG